AGAUGUUUUAAUCGAGUGCAACCUUUGGUUUUGUUGCGUAAAAUGUAACAUGAAAUCAUUUAACUGAAAAAAAAAAGGGAAGAAAAAUGUAAUUGCGUAAUUGUAGAGUGUCACAUUUUGUUGUGUUGGAUCCGUACCAGUUGUGUAAAUUAUCCGUUUCGUAGAUGGCAAUGCCUGAUUGUUUCCUGGUUUUACGAAAGCUUGAAUUUUUGUUAGCUUUGGAUAAAUCUGGCCGUGGAUUUUGAAAAAUGUUCGAAUCGAUGACGGUAGAUGAUGGCUCCAGUGAUGCGGCGCCGGCUACAUCGGCUUUGUGUUGGGCGAGUAUAGCUUAGCUGCGCGUCAUGCGCGAGUGAGCUAAGGCCCUCCAAUUUUUCCGCGUCAGCGCACGUCCACCUUUUGUCUCCCCUGGGCCCGCAUGCUUCAGAUGAAAAAAAAUUAUCUAUAUUAUUAUUUGCAUCAAAACAUCCAUCUCCGGGAGUUUGACUGACGUAGUUUCCGGCGACUUGGGGGUGUAUAUGUGAUUUACAAUUUACAACCCAGAGUGAGAGUGUGAACCAGUAAAGUUUUUAAUCGCGCUCGAGAAUCAACACUCUCAUAUUUGGAUUUUCCAGACUUGGAAGAUACCCCGUGGACUUGUUCGAUAGAGCUCCACUUUUUAGAGUGGCGCCACCGCUGCUUCCUGCUUCAAUUUUUACAUCCAACAAUUUGCAUGUCCUUUGAUUUUUAUGAAAUCUUUCGGCAAUUUUCUGCUUUCUAAUGGAAAUUCAAAUUCCGCGGGUACAGGGUUGCGAUUUAGAAGAAAAUGCUGAAGAAAAAUUUCCCAAAUCUAAGUUGGUUGCAGAUAAGUUGCAUAGACUUUUAAGACCUGGUUUUGAAUGGAUUAUUAUGAAUAUCAGAGAAGCAUUGAAAUCUUGUUAUGGAGUUUUGGCUAUAGGGUUGGGUUCCAAGAAUAAAUUUGUUAAUCCCCAGGAACUAGUCCUGCUGCAACGAUGGAAUACGAUACUUCAAGUUCUGUGUGUUGUCUCACUUUCACUGGAUCCUUUGUUCUGUUAUCUCCUUAUCGUCAAUGAUGAGAAUAAGUGCCUUAGAUUGGAUACAAGAUUGGGGAACAUAGCUAUUCUUUUGCGAUCCGUCAUUGAUUUCUUUCAUCUAUUUCGCAUCGUCAUUCAGUUCCGUGCUAGUAUUACUAUUAUCACUCCUUCUCAUGCAUCUGGAACUGGAAGAAACGAAUCAGUUACAGAGCCUCCAGCAUCAGUAGGGACAUAUCUGUUGUUGUGGUUCCUACUGGACAUACUAGUAAUUCUUCCACUUCCACAGGUGGUAAUUUUUUUCAUUAUUCCAAGAUUAAAUGACUCAAGGGUUUUCAAAGCAACAAAGUCAUUGAACUUUAUAGUUAUCCUUCAAUAUGUGCUAAGGGUUCUUCGAAUCAGCUCCUGGUUGAAGAAAGCUACAAGGACUUCUGGCAUCCUUGCUGAAACUGCAGGGGCUAAAGCUGCAUUUAAUCUCUUUCUUUAUAUGCUUGCCAGUCAUGUUGUUGGAGCCUUUUGGUACCUGUUCUCUAUAGAAAGAAAAGCAGCAUGUUGGCGACAAGUCUGUAAAAAUCAUGCUGGUGGUGAUUACUGUUCUUUAUAUUGUGGUGAUGACACAUUUGGAGCCACCACACUUCUGAAUGACUCUUGCUCUGCAAAGACACCAAAUUCCACACUCUUCGAUUUUGGAAUAUAUUCUGAUGCCCUUAAAUCUGGCGUCAUCAAUUCAGCAGAUUUUGUACAGAAGAUAUCUUACUGCUUUUGGUGGGGACUGCAAAAUCUGAGCUCCCUGGGUCAAAACCUCAAAACAAGUACCUAUGUGUGGGAAAUCUACUUUUCAGUUGUGAUUUCAAUUUCUGGCUUGGUAUUAUUUGUAUUUCUUAUUGGAAAUAUGCAGACAUAUUUGCAGUCAAAAACUGCAAGAUUGGAGGAAAUGAGAUUGAAGGGGCAAGAGAUAGAAUUGUGGAUGGCUUUCCAUUCCCUUCCUCGGAAGCUUAAGAAGCGGGUACGACAAUAUGAGAAAUACAAAUGGCAAGAAACCAGAGGCGUCGAUGUGGAGAAUUUUCUGCACAAUCUUCCCAGGGACCUCAGGAGAGAUACAAAGCGGCAUCUUUGCUCAGGUCCACUCAGCAAAGUGCCAGUGCUUCAAAAUAUGAACAAACGACUGUUGGAUGCAAUCUGCGAGCAUCUGAAGCCAGUGCUUUACAUAGAGCAUAGCUUCAUAUUUCGAAAGGAAGAUCCACUUGAUGAGAUGCUGUUUAUCACGCGUGGGAAGGUCUUGGCUUACUCCAGCAGUACUUGCGGUGAAGGCGCUAAUUCUCUUGAAAAGGGUGAUUUCUAUGGAGAAGAACUUCUGGAUUGGGUGCUCAAGACUUGUCCGGCUCCCGCGUUAUCCAACCUUCCCAUCUCAACCAAAACAGUCCAAGCUGAGACGAAAGUGGAAGUGUUUGCUCUCAAAGCCAAUGAUUUGAAACAUGUGGUCUCUAAAUUCUGGUGGCUUUUCAGCAUGGAGUUGAGGAACUCUAACAGCUUUGGUUUGCAGCAAUGGGAACCAAGGGCAGCUUGUGUUUUGCAAACAGCAUGGCGCCGCUAUAAAAGAGAAAAGCUUCAAAAGUCUCCCAGGUUGACUAAAGAGGGCAGUCUUUCUGCCACUGAUCACCAUGCUCAUGCUGUCUCAGAAACACAGCAUAAGUAGGUAUGUCUAAUGAACUGUUAAAGCAUUGAUGUAAUUCAGGCAGUGUUCGAAAAAUCGGCCUAGGCUGGAGGACACUGCUGACCAAACAUGUUAAGCUACGGCUUCAACAUUGUUAUCAAGGCAUUUUGUUUCAGAGUGAAUGCUCAUUUAACCAGCGAGUGUUCGGCCACCCAGAAGGUUUUUAUGUUGGGUCUUUUAUUUCUCCUGUUUUGAUGAUUUUAGAUUCAGAAAGAGAGAGAGAGAUGAGGAUUGAAGAAGAAGAUAGGUCGGGUUAUGUUUGAGCGAGAGAGAGGAGACAGCUCGUGUUAGACUUAGGGUUUGAGAAGGAAAAUUGCAUUUAUGUGUAAAAGGAGAGGUGGGCUUUUAAUUGGGCCUGGUCUUAAAACACUAAUAAAA